AUGAAAACUGUUAUAAUCCCUCUUACAGAAUUGAAUCCUGGUUGUGAUGUCUUCCAACCUUGCCAUGCGUUUGACUCAGAAUGGUGCCUUGACCUCCACGGUUUUCUCUCCCGCGACGAAUUCGCCACCCGACUUAAAGAAAUCAAUAAUUAUAUACGCGCCUACCCACUAUUGAGUGAAAGAGCCAAGACUUUCAUCAAGUAUGCCUGUAUUGCAGUAGCCGUGCUUAUAGCUAUAAUUACUAUUGUCUCUAUUUACGCCGCGUCAACACGUGCGCCGUCAUAUUCAGAUUAUUCGUCAUAUUCGUCUAAGCCAAAAUCUUCAUCAAAUUCUUUUGCUAUUGCUGGUCCCAUAAUCGAAGGAUGCCUUGGCAUUGGAUACUUUGUGGCCAGAUAUUUGAUCCAAGAAAUGGCAAGGCGUCGCGCCGAAAAAUUUAACAAUGCCGUAAACAAUUUGUUUGCCCAAUACAACCAGCAAGAGAACCCAACUGCCAAUUGGAACCUUGUGUGGCGCACCGCAGUCACCCAUUACACAAUAAAAAUGAAAGCAUCACUGAAUGGGAGUGUCAAGGGGGAAGCCACGCCGGUAUAUGCCGAGUAUGCAGAGAUAGUGCUCGAAAUCAAUGACGCCCUCUCUGACCUUACUUCUAGAACCCUCCGUGUGAACCUGUCGUCCGAAGUCGUUUCGACUCCUUAUGGCCUGGCACAAUCGCAUAUCCCGCAAGGUUAUCCUCCUCAACAGACGCCUGCCGUUACUUCGGUAUAA